UUGUUCCAAAUAUAUUAUUCAGUUAAGAAGAAAACAGCAUAAUUGAAGCAAGAGAGCCGCAAACAAGUCAUUGAGUCACCAAGCCAUCGUUUCCAUUUAAAUAAAAAGCCUCUUAUUUAGUAAGUCAAAGGCAUUGGUCCUCAGAAAACGUUUACAAAGCUACAUUCGAAAGCAGAAUGGUGAUUAUUCUACCGGGUUGAAAGAACCGCAUGUUAUUCCAGAAUAAAUAAUUUCAAGUUUUGUCACCAAUCACGAUGAAAGCUCAGAUGAAAAACGCUACUCAAUGUGUGCAAAUURAAACCGAAGUAAUCGCAACGGAACGUUGGCACCUGUUCAAAUGAAUUGAUUAAUAUCAUAAAUUCAAAUCUCGUUAUAUUACAACGGACUUAGUAUUUAGUUAACAAUCGACAGUCUUCCGUACUGCGAAACCCAUUACAAGAACAUUUCAGUGCAAAGUGAGUAGCUGACUUCACCAUGGACGCGAAUCUCACAUGGCGAGAACAGCUCGCACUCGACCUUGAAAAUAGAAACGGUGCUUUGGUUGUCUUUGAGUCAUUCRUGAUGAUUAUUGUAAACAUUUUAUCUGCUGUUGGUAACGUUUUAUUUUGCGUGGUAAUUUACAAAACGCCUUCUUUACAGAACAAAACGAACAUGUACAUCACAGUUCUUGCAAUGGCGGACACUUUAAAAGCAUUUAUGGUCAUGCCCUUGACGCUUGGAGUACUGCUUCAAGGCAAAUGGCUCUUCGGUCACACAAUGUGUCAAGUCCAGGGCUUUUUCAUUUUAUUGUUAUCCUUUGGCGCACUGCAAACCAUGUCGCUCAUUGCUUUGAACAGGUAUUUCUGUGUCGUCAGGCCUUCUUUGUACAGAAAGUAUUUCCAAAGAAGUUACUGUAUAGCAAUGCUUGUUUGCAUUUGGUUGACCUCGYUUGCUGCAGCAGCGGCGCCACUGGCUGCUCAAAUUGGCUCGUUUAUCUUCGCAGCGGGUCGRUCUUGCUGUUGGAUCAUCAUUCCAGAAUUCACUGCCAAUAUUUCAUACACUGCCCCAGUUYUAUUCCUCUUCAUUCUUCUGCCUUUUGGUGUCAUUAUUACUACUUAUGCCAAGGUCUUUUURACAAUACGAAACCACAGUCAAAAUAUCACUUCGCAUCAAACUAAUGAUAACACAACCAUAUCUAGUAGGGAAAUCAAAGUGACCAAGCAAAUUUUCGUUCUGGUUGUUGGAUUUGGAUUAUGCUGGAUUCCUUGUAUCAUUAUAGAGUUGCUGGACUCUUUUCUUCCUGGCGGUGCCCUGUCUCGAGGCACAUACAUGACUUAUAUUUAUCUUGGGUAUAUUUCCAGUGCUCUUAACCCUAUCUUGUACGGUAUUAUGAACCGGUCAUUUAGGGCGGCGUUUUUAAACAUUUUUUGUUUCCAGAAGAUAUACAUUCAUCCCACAUCAAUGGGAGGUAAUGAAGCACAGAAGGCAACCGAACAGCAUGAGCUUUCGAGGGCCAGAUAGCAUAACAUUUCAGUAAUUUCUGAGAAAAACUGUGAUAUAAAAUGACCAGUUUUAUUGAGUACAUUUCUGAUGCUAAAUUCCAAGUUUUAAGCUAGAGGAAAAUUAUAAAGCGCAAAUAGAAACAAAUUCGUGUUUUUUUUGGCAUUAAGCAUUUAAAUAGGAAAACAAUACCAAGCAAGGGGAUUUAUGUUGUCUAUAACACCACCAGUAAAUUUCUACAUAUCAUAUGUCAUCUUAGUGUUUUAUAGAACAAAGUAGGCUACGUGCAGUGCAUUCCCCAAACUCAAAGCCAAAAAGGAGGACCUUUCUAAAAAAAAGAUUAUAUAGGAAAAGAAAAUGAUGGAUGAUGGAUGAUGGAUGCCGUGGUUAUUAUUUUAUCAAUAAGCAAAGUUCUACUGGUUAAAAUGCUGUGCUAUGCUUGAAGGAAUUAAUGUUUCAUUGCGUUUCGUGCCAGAUACUGACAGCUCCAUUGAUGCAUAUGUCACUAAUAACACCGAUGUAUAAACCUACUUGCAGAAACGUUGUCAAAAAUAGGACAUUUGUAUUUAGUAAAAAGGAAAAAAAUUAAAAAGACAAAAGAAGAUCACUAAGGCUGAACGCUUUCUUUUGUCUU